AUGGCCUUGACUCUCAGCCGACGCCUCCUUAUUGUGAUUGCUUCUUCAGUCGUAGUAGCCAUAGUGGUGGUGGCGGUGUCCGUAUCAGUUGCUGUUUCACAGAGAGCCCAAGAAGAAACAAGUGGCAAUCAUCAAGUUGAAGGCAAUGAUUCCGUCACGCCCUCUCCUAGUCUACUACUACAGGCACCGGCGACAAGACCUUCAAUGACGCCAACAUUUCCUGAGAAUCUCCAAGUUUCACCAACACGCAACGGCAAAGAUGAUCUGCAGACUAAUAACACCAGGGCGACAACAAAGACAACAGAGAGUCCUACCACCCGCCCUACCACAACCACAACUCCUUCACAAUUCCCCUCUUUUUCGCAAGCCCCCUCUUCCUCACAACUCCCAUCCAUCAAUGUUCAAGUGACUCAGUUCAUUACUGAUUCGCUCUUGCCCUUGUUCGUCCCCGUUUCUGGCGAAGAACCGUUCCGAGACCCGGCAUCGCCUCAAUUCCAGGCAGCUCUCUUUUUGGCCUACGAACUCCUCAUGGACAUGGACGAGGACGACGCACAGUCAACGACAUGGGCCAAAACAACAACACUACCAAUUAUAAACCAAAACGAAAUGUCCAAAUUCAUUCAGCGCUACGUUUUGGUCAUCCUCUACUACUCCUUGAAUGGCCCAGGUUGGACACAACGUUCGAAUUGGUUGAGCCACGACCACGACGAAUGCGACUGGGCCUUUGUGACUUGCGAUAGUCAAAAUGGUCUCAUUUACUCCUUUGCGUUUAUCGACAUUCCCGGUCCGGGUCUGCUGUCGCGUCUGGAUACGUUGAAAUUGACCUUUGGCAAUCUGACGGGAAACUUCCUCUCGAACGAAGAAUACUUGGCAUGGCCCGAGUUGACCACGCUCUGGCUAUCCCACAAUCAGUGGACGGGGCGUUUGCCCGAAAGCAUUGCCUCACUCAGUCGUCUCACCAGUUUGCGACUGGAAUCCAAUGGACUGACGGGACAUCUGCCCACGACCCUGGGUCAAAUGAAUGCCUUGACCGAACUGUACCUCCAAAACAAUGCCUUGUCGGGAUCGGUCGUGGCCGAAUUGGGUGCAGCACCGCAAUUGCGGGAGCUUCGAUUGGAGGAAAACACCUUGAAUGGAUCCCUGCCAGAUGGAUUCUACAACAAUUUUCCAUCCUCACAUCUGUCUCGCGUCGAGUUGAGUCGCAAUCGCAUUUCGGGGACACUGAGCUCGCUGGUGGGAAAUCUCCAACAACUCCAAAUAUUGGCAUUGGAUCAUAAUGAAAUGACCGGUGUGGUCCCGACCGAGUUGGCACGGUUGACCAACUCCUUGUCCUUGUUGUAUUUGAAUGCCAAUUUGUUUUCGGGUAGUGUCCCCGACGAAGUGUGCUCGCUUCGUUCUUCCACUUCUAGCCGAGGUUUUUUGCGCUAUUUCAAUGCCGACUGUGCCGUGAGCUCCAACGACGACACAGUACCUCCACACCAAUGCUCUUGCUGUAACUGGUGUUGUGUACGAGGUACGGAUGAUUGUACCAAGCAGUAG